GGUAGCCAAAUCUGGGGUCUGGAUAGACAUUAGGUAGAGCCCAGCCAUAGGGCUGGAUGGUCCGAGAGACAGAGCGCACUCUCUGUGGGACAGACUAACAGUGCUGUUAGAGCUGAAGCCAGAGAGGAGCCUGCUUAGUUCUGGGUCCGUCCCCUGCAUCCCUCUGAAGCAAGAAUUCCUGUACAGUUUCACCUCUCCUAAGGCUCCAGAGAGGCUGUCUCACACACCAGAACCUCCUACGGAGGGACUGGUGUCUGUGACCCUCCAGCCCCCACAGAGUGAGAAAGGUGCCUCUACCCCCUCUGGAGGGAGGACCACAGGGCAGCACCGUCAGGGGUCUCAAGGGCGGGCACCGAUGUCUCCAGCCAGGGUCUGCCGGGUCUAUGUCCACAGCUCAUGGGUAAUGAUGCCCUCUCCAAAGGGCAGUGCCUGCCAUUUUUAUCAGGCCACAUCCUGUUUACAUUGUGUCUUUGUCCUUGGCCCACACGGCCCCCGCCUUCACCACCAGCAACCCCAAAGGAAUCCUAGGCCCAGGAAUGCAGAGCAAUCAGGCAGGCUGGGGCCAUGACACCAGGGAUCUGCAUAAAGCAGGGAGACCCCAGGGCCAUGCCUCCUGGACCAGGACCCACGCAGCUCUGCCUGGCAUUGGGGCCCUCCUGAGAAGCAGCCCACAGCACAAUGAGGGGCCUCCGCUCUUUGCUCUACCUCCUCCUCCUGCCGCUGAGCGCCUGCCUUCCCCGGCUGGACACGAGGGGACCCACAGACGUCGGUGACAUCGGAGCCAGGACGAGCUGGGCCCACCUGGCUGAGGGACGCGGACCCCACUCAGUGCGAGGUCCUUCCCCGUGGCCGAGAGCACCCCAGCCACAGGCCCUGUUUGUGGUGGCCAAGGAAGUGCAGGCCUUCGGCGGGGACCACACCGGCUUCCGCCUCGGGAGGAGGGAUGGGAGCAGCGAGGAGGCUGCCGGGUUCCUGCCCUCGGACUCGGAGAAGGCCAGCGGCCCCCUGGGGACCCUGGCCGAGGAGCUCAGCAGCUUCAUCCGGAGGAAAGGGGGCUUCAGCUUUCGCUUUGGCCGGUGAGGGCCUCUGUGGACUCUGCCUGUCUUCUCUCUGUGGCCACCGUGUCCCCCCACCCCACUCCCCGAACCCCAAGGACCCAGGCCUGGAGGGAGCAAAGGCCUAUCAUAAUGAAUGAGUGGCAGAUAGAUGUGUGCUCGACUUUUCAUUCCCAACUUUGCUGAAGUGAAAAACUUGGGUGGUGUUUUGAAAAACAAAAACAAAUGAACAAUCACCCCUCCCACCCCCACACACACACACAGGAGAAGAGCGAAUGUGUCGUGGUUAGUAAGACUAAGAGUCCUUGUCCCAACCCAUGACUCGGGCUGCUCUGUCUCAGCCCCCUCUCCCCAUGGUCUGACUGGAGCAGCCCGCGGCCCCCAGGGGCAGGGCACUGGGCUGUGAAUACAACAGGUCUGGUUCUGUUGUUCCUCGGAUGGCAGGUGGGCUGAGAGAUUACAACAGGAGAUCAAAGUUCUGACAGUGCCCCGGGGACGCUGGUGGCUGCCAUCUGAAGCACCACUGUGGAAGAGCACACUCCACUGUGUAUAGAAUGUGGGUCUGAAAGGUACAAAUGAAGGGGAAAAAACAGCCGUCCAAACCCAAACCCAAGACAGAGCGUGUGCUCUCCACCCCAUUAGCACAAGUUGCCUCUGGCAAGGAAGCCCUGCAGUGGGCGGCAGCGGCACCAAGCUGCCCUUCCGAUGGACUGGACGGCCCAUCCCCUCUAGCAGCCCGUCCCCUCUGGCGGCUGGCCUCGUCCAUGGUAGUGUUUGCCAAGGGCCUCAUGGGAACUGAACUCGUGGAAGGGAUGAUUUUCUGCUAAGCAAGGUUGAGUUUCAAAUACCAAAAACUAGGACUGUGCUGUGUGUAUCUUGAAA